CCCCCAAGUUGGCUGUACGUUCCUUUACCUGAGAAUAAAUACUUUCUGGACAAUAUCUGGUGGUUGGUUGCUGCGGAGAAUCACUUUCCCCCGUUCGUCAUUUUUUAUCGCUUGUCGAUCAACUGGCCCAACUGUUCGGAUUCCACUACUAAAGGCUCGACCGGGAAAAGAAAGAAAAAAUGAAUAAGGACCACCCUCCCCGUCUCCUCCACUCGUGAGACUUUCCCGGAAAAUCCCGUCGUUUUCCCGAGAAAAUGCGCGAGCGCGAGGGCGACGGCCCCGACCGCAGCCACCACCACCGGCGGCGGCUGAGCCCGGGGGAUCCGCUGCCGGCGGCGGCGUCCCCGAGGAGGGAGGAGUCGAUGAUCAUGGACCUCGACCUCGAUGCCUACGCGCCCUGGCCGCCGGUGGUGAUGGAUCAGCAGCUCCCCUUCGCCGCGAACCCCGCGUCUCCCCUCUUCCUGUCCACCGCCUCCGAGCAGCCCGGCUCUCCCCUCUGGGCCUUCUCCGGCGGGUCCGAGGACAAGCUUCUCGCCGCCGCCGCCGCCACGGCAGCCGGCGGGGGAGCCGCCGCCGGGAUCGGCCUCUCCGAUUACUUUGUCGCAUAUCAUCAAAAUUCAGAGACUGAAGCCCCUGCUGAGGAUGAUGAUCGUAAAAAGCUGCCGUCACUGUUUUUGGCGCUCAAGGCAUUUGAAAAUCCUGAUGGAUACUGUAAGAUCAAAGAAAGGAUGACCCAGGCUCUUCGUUACUUCAAAGAAUCGACUGAACAGCAUGUUCUAGCUCAGGUUUGGGCACCGGUAAAGAAUGGUGGUCGGUAUGUCCUUACGACUUCAGGGCAACCCUUCGUUCUCGGUCCUAAUACGAAUGGGCUUCACCAGUACAGAAUGGUGUCUCUGACGUAUUUGUUUUCUGUGGACGGGGAGAACGAUGGAGAAUUGGGGCUUCCUGGUCGUGUUUUCCGGCAAAAGCUGCCUGAAUGGACUCCUAAUGUACAAUACUACACCAGCAAAGAAUAUUGGAGGCUUGAUCAUGCUCUUCAUUAUAAUGUUCAAGGAACCUUGGCUUUGCCCGUCUUUGAACCAUCGGGGCAAUCUUGUGUUGGCGUGCUUGAACUCAUAAUGACUUCACAGAAGAUUAACUACGCACCGGUGGUUGAUAAAGUCUGCAAAGCACUUGAGGCAGUGAACUUGAAAAGUUCUGAAAUCCUGGAUCAUUCAAACCUACAGAUAUGCAAUGAAGGGCGGCACAAUGCAUUGGCUGAAAUUUUAGAGAUAUUGACAGCCGUAUGUGAAACCCACAAGCUACCUCUGGCUCAAACCUGGGUCCCGUGUCGGCAUCGCAGUGUUCUGGCUGAUGGUGGUGGCCUGAAAAAGAGUUGUUCUAGCUUUGAUGGUAGCUGCAUGGGACAAGUCUGCAUGUCCACAACUGAUGUGGCAUUUUAUGUUGUAGAUGCUCAUAUGUGGGGCUUUCGGGAAGCUUGUGUUGAGCAUCACUUACAAAAGGGUCAGGGGGUCGCUGGGAGGGCUUUCUUGUCCCAGAACUCUUGCUUCUGCAAAGACAUCACCCAAUUUUGCAAAACCGAGUACCCUUUAGUGCAUUAUGCACGAAUGUUUGGGUUAACCAGUUGUCUUGCAAUCUGCUUACGAAGUAGUUAUACUGGAAAUGAUGAUUAUGUUUUAGAAUUUUUCUUGCCCACUGGCAUCACCGAUAAUAGUGAGCAGCAGUCAUUAUUGAGCUCUUUAUUGUCUACAAUGAGGAAUCAUUUCAAGAGUCUUAUGGUUGCUUCUGGGAAAACACUUCAACUGGAGGACAACUCUAUUGAAGUUAUUGAAGCUGUGCUGAAUGAGAGACUUGAUUCGAGAGUUGACAAUCUUCAAAUACCUACAUAUACAGAAUUAUUGGCUGGACCCGAUUACUUGCCAAACGGAGGAGCGGCAAAGCUGUUAGAUUCAUCAAAGCAGCUGCUGGUGGAUGUCAUCGAUGCAACCAAUGAUGGAGUCAAUCCUGUAAUAGCAAUUGCAAGUGAGGAUGUUGUUACUUUUCCAGAAAAUAAUGUGAUGAAAAAGAAAUCUGAGAAGAAGCGAGGAAAGGCUGAGAAAUGUAUUAGCCUUGAGGUUCUUCAGGAAUAUUUCACUGGCAGCCUUAAAGAUGCUGCAAAGAGCCUCGGCGUUUGCCCAACAACAAUGAAACGAAUCUGCAGACAGCAUGGGAUUUCAAGGUGGCCAUCCCGCAAAAUUAGCAAAGUCAACCGUUCUUUAUCAAAGUUGAAGCAUGUCAUUGAAUCUGUUCAAGGUGCUGAAGAAACAUUCAGUAUAAGUGCUUUAGCUACAAGUCCACUUCCCGUUGCUGUUGGUUCUAUUUCUUGGCCUUCCAGUUUGAAAGGGUCCAAUGAGCAAAACCCACCCGAAGCCAAGGUACUUGAAGCACAAGGUGAAAGGAUGAAUCCGUCCCCAUCCAAGUUACCCAGAACUGAUGAAGAUGCUGCGAUGCAAAAUAAAUCUCAUGGGAGGGUGCCUCACGAGGAGCAACUCUCAAACGAGCAUGGCGGGUUUCCACCAGAAUUUGCUGGAGCAUCAAGCAGAUCUAAAUCUAGAAGUGGCUCGAGGGAACAGAGUGCCGGUACACCCACUUCUCAUGGUUCGUGCCAAGGUAGUCCGGCCAAUGAAAGUUUGCCCGUGAAGGAUCAGUCUGAUUCUCCACACAAUGAUCAAUGCGUAAAAAGAGGGGGCUCUCCAGAAAUGAUGUUUAAGUUGACAAAUGCGCUGAACUUCUCCGCUGCAUAUUCAAUGCCUGAUGCUCUAGUAGUUACAGAACUUCAAGAACCAUUUGGAGGAAUGCUAAUUGAGGAUACUGGAAGCUCAAAAGAUUUGAGAAAUCUGUGUCCAUCAGUUGCAGAUGCAGUUUUGGAAGAUCGGGUCCCAGAGUCCAGCUGGACGAAUCCCCCAUCCUCUGAUAUGGCUUCCAAACAAGCGGCAACUUUUCUUACAACAACGCCUCGCGCUACACCUAGGCAAGACAUGACGUGUGUGACCAUCAAGGCUACGUACAGAGAAGACAUUAUAAGAUUCAGGAUAUCACUGAGUUCUAGUAUCGUGGAGCUGAGGGAACAAGUGGCGAGGAGGCUGAAAUUAGAGGUGGGUACCUUUGAUAUCAAAUACCUUGAUGACGAUCAGGAGUGGGUUUUGAUAGCCUGCGAUGCAGACUGGCAAGAAUGCAUGGACAUCUCGCGAUCAUCUGGCUGUAAUAUGGUCAGGCUGUUAGUUCAUGAUGUGAUGGCGAACCUGGGAAGCUCCUGUGAAAGCUCAGGGUAAUGACUAUAGGAAUGUAAAUAUAGUUUGUAUGUUGUACCACUUUCUUUUUGUUAGUGUGGCAGGAAGCAGAUGCAAAGAGAUUGUAUGCGACUUGUAUAAAAAAUUUUGGAGAAUUUUAGGCAAUUCUUCCUUUGUUAA